AUGCUGUACACGCAUGCUACGGUCAUCACUGUCGAUGGCUCCCGUCGUAUCAUCGAGGACGGAGCCAUCCGUGUGCAGGGGGAUACCAUCGCCGACAUUGGCAAGGCAGCCCUGUUAAAAGAGCGCUACCCCGAGGAAGAGGAGCUGGAUCUGUCCGGUCGCAUUGUUAUCCCCGGACUUAUCUCCACCCACAUGCACACUGCACAGACUCUGCUGCGUGGGACUGCGGAUGACCUCGAGCUGGUGUCAUGGCUGUGCGAGAGAAUCUGGGUCCUCCAGGGGAACUUUACCGAGGCCGACGGCUAUGCUGCGGCACGGCUAAGUAUUGGCGAAAUGCUCAAGUCAGGCACCACUUGCUUCCUGGAAAGCAUGUUCGCCGAUCGUUAUGGUUUCGACGGCCUUGCAAGGGCCGUUGAGGAGUCUGGCAUUCGUGGCUGUCUGGGUAAAAUCGUCAUGGACAUCGCCAAAUAUGCCAAAGAUGAUGCAUGGGCCAUGCACCCUGGUCUGGUUGAAAACCGCGAGACUUCGCUCCUUGGGACCCUGAAGAUGUGGGAGAAGUGGAACGGUGCGGCGAACGACCGCAUCCGUGUGUGGUUUGGAGCGAGAACUCCUGGCGGUGUUUCCGACGCAUUGUACAAAGAAAUGACUGCCCUCUCGCGUGAAAAGAACAUUCCCGUGACCAUGCACUGUGCUGAGGUCAAGGCCGACCGCGAGUUCUUCGCCUCCGUGUCGCACACGCCCAUGUCAUACUGCCAGUCGGUGGGCCUGCUCAGCCCGAGCACGGUUCUUGUGCACAUGGUUCAUCUGGAUGAUUCGGACAUUCAGACCCUCGCGGCGUCAGGGACCCACGUCGCACAUUGUCCCACCUCGAACGCUAAACUAGCGUCGGGAAUUUGCCGCGUGCCGGACCUCCAGAAAGCCGGUGUGAAUAUCGGUCUCGGUACCGAUGGCGCCCCUUGCAAUAAUACCUGCGAUCUGCUGCAGGAAAUGAAACUGGCUGCGAUCAUCCAUAAGAGCAUUUCGUACGAUCCUACGGCAGUCCCAGCCGAGUCAGUGCUGGAAAUGGCCACUAUCAAUGGCGCUAAAGCUCUGGGGUUGCAGGAUCGCAUUGGCAGCCUCGAGGUGGGGAAGAAGGCUGAUUUUGUAGCGAUCGACGUCCGGGGCAUUCAUACUCAGCCCUGGUUCAACGCGACCAGUGCCGUUGUGUAUACCGCAACAGGUCGUGAUGUCGAUGUAGUGGUGGUGGAUGGCAAAAUACUGGUCCAGAACGGAGAGCUUCUCACGAUGGACGAGGGGGAGAUUGUCGCGGAAGCGAAGAAGCGCAGCCGUGAAGUGGUGGAGAGAGCUGGUCUGUCCAGCAAGAUGAAUGGCCGCUGGCCAAUCGAGUAA